AUGCAAGGCCAAGGUGCGAAAAGGCUCGAAGCAAAACAAGAUAAGAAAAAUGGACUACAGCAGGUGUUUAAUCAGCCUAAUGUACCCGAUAAUGUUUUAAUGAUGUUGUUUUUUAAAGCCGUAACUCGAAGUCAAAACUAUGUUUCACAAAAAGGCAAGGUCAAGUUGAAAAUGGGACUCUACAG